CUCAUAAGCUGCCAACCUAUUGAUCGAUUUGUCACCCACCCAUCCACUCAUCUUAUCCUCGGGAUCUCUAGGGGGCAACUUGAAAACACACGCCCGAACUCACCUCAAGAGACGCUGCUCUUUCCUCCUCGCUAAUUCCACAACCUCCACCCAAACAUCGUCUUCACGUUAUCCAACCUCCACACUAAACUCAAAAAACCACCUGCGACAACAUGCCUGCCCCCAGGAGACUCAAGUGCUCGCUCACCGAGUGCAGGCUUCCCGCAGCACCCAUCACAGGCGAUUGUACUUUCUGCGACGGUCACUAUUGCAGCAAGCACCGACUAUUAGAGAGCCACAAGUGCAAGAACCUCGAAGAUUGCAAGAAGGAAGCGUUCGAGGCAAAUGCCCUGCAGCUCGAGAAGGAGCGGACGCGGGUCAUCAGAGGCGUAUAAUGGACGGCCCCAUCAGCGCCAGCGUCGGCGUCAGCGUCAAAGUUGUCAAGGGCAACUUCUUCACUCGUCUUCUAUCGUUGGGUCCGAGCUCAGUAUAUCGUCAGAUAAUCUAUCUGAAAGGAUAGAGAGCAACAAGUUGCCGCAACGAGAAGCGGUGGCAAACUAUUACGAUUCGAUCACCGGUAUCGGCGAUACCAUCGAACGGUUUAAAUGAGCAACGAAUACAGCGACGAACUAGCGCACGGCAGCCGUCCGGUUCCUUGCCCCCCCUCGACGGUGACGCUGAGCAAGCAGGGUGGCAACACUCACCCGAGAGUUUCGGGCGAUGCCACUAAUCACCCACCCUUUGCUGGCAACUCUUGCUUUUGCAUUGCUUUUUUUACCUCUUCAGGCGGGCGUCUGAUAUUUGGUCGGGAAUUCUUCAUUUUGAGGAUUGGCGCUUGGGGGAGCGCUCACAUCCGGCAACACAUUGGAGCAACAGGGUUUUGCAGCAUCAUCUCUGCACGGCGUCAAUGGACCUGGUUCAUCUUCUUUUGCUCGCUGUUUUAUGCACGCGGUUCUCAGUCUCUUCGCGUGGAGGAGGGAAGAGGUUAGCCGAGGGGUAGCUUACCGUGGUCAUGGUAUUAGGUGCGGAAUAGAUUAUGAUUUACAUACAGAUGUGGUAGCCGUCUUGGAACGGCUGGCUGGGUCAUGACCGGUCGGCGAACCGGGCUGUGGGCUCGUUUCAAAGCCGGAAAUCUUGAACCUGAAUAUCGGGCAAAGUACAAAUAAAACAUUUGUCCAACGAAUAAG